GAGGUGCAUUGUGGGAAUUCAAAAUGGAGGUCUCGUAGCCGCAGUCAACCAGCCGGAGUCCAGCGUCACGUCCUGUGUUGUGUAGCCGCGCAUCGGCGAGGACAAGCGGCGUGACCACUUCACCUGAACACUUACCAGAGCCACAGGACGGUGUCCGACAUGCGGGUGUUGUGUGUCGCCGGGAGAGCGCUCACGUCCGGCGGGGGCUGUCGCGGCGUUUACGCCAGGAGCUCGACGGGUCGCUAUCUGUCCGGCGCCGCGGCUCCGGCGGCGGCCCGCGCGCAGAAGUACAGCCGGGCCGCCGGAAGUGUCCCGCCACAGUUCGUGUGCUAUCGCCUCUCUCACAGGAGCCUGCUGAAGAUCCAGGGCCCGGACACGAGCCCCUUCCUCCAGGGGAUCAUAACCAACGACGCGGGGCUGCUGGAGGAGCGCGGGGCCGCAGCCAUGUACUCGCACAUGCUCAAUGUACAAGGACGAACUCUGUACGACAUCCUGUUGUACAGUCUGAAAGAAGCGGAUGCCGGACAAGGCGUUUUCCUGGAGUGUGAUGGCACCGUUAAGGACUCAAUGUUAAGACACUUGAAGAUGUACAAGAUUCGCAGAAAGGUCAGCAUCAGCCCCUGUCCCGAACUCUCUGUUUGGACAGUGCUCCCGCAGCAAAAAAAACCUGGCCAAGAGGCCAGUAAACCUGAGCUUUGCUCCCUGGAAAAAGCUCUGGUGUGGGAGGCUGAUCCUCGAACUCAGGAAAUGGGCUGGAGAUUGGUGUUGGACAGUAAAAUGAACCCCUGGGAUAUCAUUGCAUCAUGCCAGAAAGGUGACACCGAGGAGUAUCACAGACAUCGCUAUACAAUAGGUCUUCCUGAGGGAGUGAAGGACCUUCCUCCUGGGGUGGCACUGCCAUUAGAGUCAAAUCUCGUGUACAUGCAAGGCAUCAGCUUUAGCAAAGGCUGUUACAUUGGCCAGGAGCUCACAGCCAGAACUCAUCACACUGGGGUGGUUCGGAAACGCCUGAUGCCAGUACACUUGUCAUCUCUAGUCCAGGACCUUGAGGAAGGAGCUGCACUGCAAACGCAGUCGGGCAAGCCAGCUGGGAAGCACCGGGCCGGGGUAGGAGAGCUGGGUCUGAGCCUCAUCCGCAUGGCUCAUGCCAAAGAGGUGUUGACACUCAAAUCUCCUGAUGACACCACGGUGACACUUAAGGUCUCUGUGCCAGACUGGUGGCCUAAAGAUGUGAAAGUGAACUGAAGAAAGUGACAUACAUCACAUCUGACAGGCGACCGACAGGCAGAACCCUGAAGUACACUUUGUUACACUGUCAUUGCUUUACAGAAGUGUGGCACUAAUUUAUAUUUUGAGUAUUUUCUUUGUUUGCAAUAAAUCCAGAUUUGAGUGAUUCUUUCGCUAAAUUAUAUAUAUAUACUAAGUAUUAUUUGAACAAUCCAUUGCAGCACUAUACAACAGGAUAUACCAACUGUCAUAGGGGAAUUUGUGGUUGUUGAAUAAAUACAUUGUUAUAAAUAAAUUGUUAAAUAAAAGCAC